AUGGCCGAUACCAUCAGUCUUGACCAGUCUCGUGUCACAAGCCAUGAUGACAAUCAAUCGACACGACAAAUUGAGCCGCUCACUGUCGAAGAGGAUGCACAAGAAUACGAACUGACAGGUCUUGGCCUGAUCACAGUCAUAUCGGGACUGGUGCUUGCCAUAUUUCUGGUUUCUCUGGACUCAGCAAUUGUCGCGACCGCCGUGCCGUAUGUGACUGCAGAGUUCAAGUCUGCCGGAGACACGGCUUGGUAUGGAAGUGCAUAUACUCUCGCGACUUGUGCCCUCCAACCCAUCGCUGGCAAAUUUUACGCCAAAUUUNCCCGUCAAGCUCCAAAUGCUGUUGGAUUGAUUGUAGGAAGAGCGAUCGCUGGAGCUGGAGCUGCUGGCUGCACCACUGGCGCCUUCACAAUUGUCGCUAUGUCAGUCCGCCUUCCUAGACGAACCACAUAUCUCAGCGCACUGCAGUCGACCUUCGGUAUCGGCAUCAUGCUUGGACCACUUCUCGGAGGAGUUUUGACUCAACGCGUUACCUGGAGAUGGUGCUUCUAUAUCAAUCUUCCCGUCGGCGCCAUCACCGUUCUGUUUCUGGUCUUGUUCUUCCAUCCGCCAAAGGAAGAUCGAGCGAACACGCCUGCCCAGAAGAUGGCAAGUCUGGAUCUUGUCGGUCUUCUGCUGUUCGCACCAGCCACGAUUAUGAUGCUCCUUGCGAUUCAGUGGGGUGGUUUGGUGUAUGCUUGGGGAAGCGCUACCAUUAUUGGACUCUUUGUCGGUGCCGCAGUUCUCACCGUCAUCUUCGCUCUCUGGCAAAUCCGCAAAGGUGAUGAUGCCAUGAUUCCACCAAAGCUUCUCACGCAACGCGUCGUCUUCUCUGCUUGUCUAACCGAGCUUUUCGCCAUGGGGACCGUUUAUGUGGCUACAUACUAUCUGCCUCAGUGGUUCCAGAUUGUCAAAGGUGUAUCUCCCAUCAGGUCCGGCGUCAUGUACCUACCUCUGUCGCUCUCUGAUGUCGCUUCCGCAUUGAUGGUGGGUAUACUUCUUCCUUAUGUUGGCCUCACAAACCCUUUCAUUCUGGCUGGCACGAUCUUGCUGGCUGUCGGAUCUGGUUUGCUAUCCACACUCAGCACAUCUUCGGGCAGCCAAUACUGGAUACCCUACCAAAUCCUACCUGGCAUGGGCGCUGGUAUUUCGCUCUGGAUGCCAUAUGUAGCUAUUCAGACCGUUCUGAAACCCGAAGACAUCCCUGUCGCGACAGCCUUGCUGCAAUUCUUCCAGUCAUUUGGAGCAGCAUUGUUCCUAGCUCUCGCGCAAGCGGUCUUCUCGAGUAUCUUCUAUGCUGCUCUCAAGUCUAAAGAUAUCGUCGGUCUGGACUUGUCCGCCAUCGUCCAUGCAGCUCCUGCAGAUUUCCGAGCGCUUGUUCCGAAGGAAAAUCUUGCGCAAGUAUUGAACGCCUACAAUCAA